AUGGACCCAUCCGCUCGCCAUGACUCUGGGGCCAUCGCCGAGUCCCACGAAACUGUGCUGGCCCAGAUUUCGACUGUCGAGCUGCUGGGCUCCGCGUACCAGUCUUACGGAAACCAGUACUCUUACCCCCAGUCCGGCAUGUCGCUGCUCGAUCUUGACCAAGCCGACGAGGCCGAUGGUGCCGCUGUCGGCAGCAGCGAGCUCUCGCUGCGUGUCUCCGAUGUCUCGAUGGUGGAUGAUGCUCUCCAAAUCCUGGCCAAGCCUUCGUCUCCCCCUCUCCUGCCCGACAGCAACAAGCACCCAGUCGCCGUUGCCCAGAACCUUUCCAGCGAGACCCUCUGCAGCUCCGAUCUUGUCGAGUCUGCUCCUUCGGUUGCCUGCUCCGAGACCGAGCCAUCCGAUUUGCUCGAGCCUCUCGAUGGCGAGGCUUCGGUCUCGGAUCUCCCUCCCUCGAUCCUGGUCGGCCUCUCGACUGCCGAGCUGCUCGGCGGUGGCUUCCGGAGCGACAGCUUCGCGUAUCCCCGAGCCAGCGACUCGAUUUCUCUUCUCGGUCUGCAGGACGUUUCCAAACCUGCCCAUCCUGUCUCGAUGUCCUGCUCGUCCGCCUCCUCGGCGGUAUCCAGUCCUGUUCCCACGCCUGCCGCUCCGACCGAGCCUGUCGAUGGCCUUGCUGCUGUCGCCAUGCAUCCUGCACAGCUCUCGCGGCUGGACGGCAUCUCUACCGUUGAGCUGAUGGGACCGGCCUACCAGAGCUUCGGCGGCUCGUUUGCCUAUCCCAACCCGGGCACGCUCUCGCUCCUGGACUUGAGCCUCGACAUCGAUUCCAAACCCGAUUCAGAGUCGGAAGAGCUCGCCGACGACUCAACCGUGGCUGUCGUCUCCCGGGUCUGUGACUUGUCGACGGUUGAGCUUUUGGGAAAAUCCUACCAAUCCUACGGCAACCAAUUCUCGUAUCCCCAGCCCGGAAGCCUCCCGUUGUUGAGCCUCGACCUGGACCUGAGCCUGAGCCUGGGAGCCAUGUCUCCUGACCAGCCCGAUGCCACCGAACUCGCUUGCGAUGCUACUCCAUCGCACAAUCUCGCUCCCCGCGAUCUCAGCAACGAACACGGCGAGCCUUCGCUUUGUGAGCCUCGGUCUUCUCUGCCCUCAUCAUCCGAGCUUGUCUCGGCGUCCUCUCCAAGCCUCCUUGCCAACGAAUCGCUCAUCCGCAACCUCUCUACGGUCGAGCUUCUUGGAGCUGCCUACCAGUCCUACGGAUCGACCUAUACCUAUCCCCAACACGGUUCGCACUCGCUGCUUUCGAUCGAUCAGCUCGGCGAUGUCGAGGUGCUUGAUUCGACUGUCGAGGCCGCCCCAGAGCGACCAACUGUCCAUGUGGCCAUCGAAGAGCCCGACAGAGAGCUCGAUUUGUCCACCGCGCCAUCCUUCGAGCACAGCAAUUUGCUCAAAAGCCCCGAUUCGGAUCUGAACCCGUCCCAGCUGCUCAACAUCUCGACCGUCGAGCUCCUGGGUGCGGCCUAUCGCUCCACCAACAGCUCCUUUGCCUAUCCCAAGGCCGCCACCUCUGAAAGCAUUCUCAAUCUCGACCGCGCUCUGGGUGAUGAGGCCGCUCUGGUUGCACCUGAGGCUGCCCCCGUCAGUGGCCCUGGCGCCACACUGCCGCCGAGUAUCCACUCGGAUACCUAUCCUGUCCAAGCGAUGCCAGAUGAGCCUGCCAACCCACACUCCAAGAUCCUCGAUCUGUCCACCAUCGAGCUCCUUGGUUCGCACUACCAAAGCUACGGAAACUCGUUCUCCUAUCCUCAACCAGGCCAGUUCCCUCUGCUGGCUCUCGGAGCGGCCGCCGAGGCUCCAGCCGUGAGUGGAGUCGCGGACAGUGUCCACGACAGCGCCCUGGCACUUGGCGACCAGUCCUCGCAGCUACGCGGCAGCGAGGAGAGCAUCGUCGACAUCAUCUCAAGCGAAGUGAACCUCAAAGCCGCCCCGGCUGCAUCCGCCCCCAGUCCGAAUCCCAGUCUGGGUCGCUUGGCGCUGGGCAUGUCGACGAUCGAGCUGCUUGGCCCCGCUUAUCAGUCCUACGGGAGCCAGUUCAGCUACCCUCAAGCCGGUGCCUCGCUUUUGUCACUUGAGCCCAAGCCCCCCAAGAGUCCUUCCGCUGGCUCUGCUGUUUCAAAAGAUAGACAUGGCGGUGUCGAUGCCGGAAAGACAUACGAAUCGCCAUCCAAGGUCUGGUGGGCCAACCUGUACUCGAUCGGACUCUCCAAGUUUCGGCAGCCGCUGAACUCGUCGCGGGUGACUCCGCUCCUGCGGGAUGAUGCGACUCUUACGCAGCUGAGCACGUAUAUGGACUCGGUCGACGGGCUGGAGAGCUCCGGAGACGACCUUUCGAACGACACAUCCAAGACCCUCCCCAUUCCCCUCAGUGGUCCACCGUCCCUCGGCGAGGACAAGAGCCAGUGUGCGGUGAUGUGA